AUGGCUGGACAGGUGCUACUAUCAGUGGCGGACUACGUGGUCACUGUCAUAAUGCUUCUAGUACCUCUGGGAAUCGGGGUUCUCUUCGCUUUCAAAGACGCUAAGAAAGCGACACGGGACGAGUACCUGUUGGGCGGUCGGCAGAUGUCCAUGUUACCUGUGACGCUGUCCUUGUUCGUCACCUUUCAGUCGGCUAUUUCCGUGAUGGGGGUGCCGAGUGAUAUCUACAACUACGGUGUGAUGUUCAUCUUUGUCUACGGGGGGUUCUGCAUCAGUUAUGUCAUUGGAUACUUCACCACGGUCCCUCUGAUGUUCUCCCUGCACCUGACCAGUGUCUACGAGUACCUGGAGAUGAGAUACCGCUCCAGGACCCUAAGGAUGUUCAGCAUGGGGAUUGGGAUGUUCCAAACCCUGUUCUACAUGGCCAUAGUACAACUUACACCUGCACUGGCUCUACAGGCAGCUGCUGGUAUACCCCUCUGGCUCUCCGUGGCCAUCAUAGGGGUCAUAGGCACAGUGUACACAACCAUAGGAGGAAUCAAGAGUGUGAUAUGGACCGACGCCUUCCAGUGUGCCGUCAUGCUUGUGGGCGUCCUCAGCAUCCUCAUCACAGGCUCCACGACAGUUGGGGGUAUGAGCAAUGUGAUCAACAUAUGCCAGGAGAAGGGCAGGUUAGACUUCAGCCGCACCAGCCCAGACUUGCGAGAGAGGAACACUUGGAUGGCGACCCUUAUAGGAGGGACUUUCAUGUGGCUAGCCAACUUGUGCAAUCAGUCAACAAUACAGAGGAUCUCAGCCAUGAAGACAGUGAAGGACGCCAAGAACUCCUACAUCAUCAACAUUUUACUGACGGCCAUAUACGGCACUCUUCUGCUCUUAGUGGGACUUGUCGUUUUCGCCUACUUUGAGUACAUGCGCUGUGAUCCAUAUGACGGAGGUUUCAUCACCAACCGGAACCAGAUGGUGCCCUACUUUGCCAUACACGCUUUGAAGGACGCGCCGGGUAUGGCUGGCUUCUUCAUGGCCACUUUGUUUAGUGGAUCUUUGAGUACCCUGUCGUCAGGCAUCAACGCCCUAGCCGCCAAUACUGUAGAAGACAUCCUAAAGAGAACUCUAAGCUCCUACUCCGAGGCCGUCGCCACAAGAAUCACCAAAGUCAUCGUCUGUGUCUACGGCAUCAUCAUCGUGGGCCUGGCCUAUGCUGCGAACACUGUCAAAGGUCCUGUCUCCCAGAUUGGACUGUCCGUUAUAGGCGGGUGUGGGGGACCUAUUCUGGGCGUGUUUAUGGCUGGAGCUGCCGUGCCCUGGGUCAACAAACGAGCGGCCCUGAUUGCACAACUGUCGGCGAUAGGGUUCACAGUUUGGAUCUCAAUUGGAAACCAGAUUUAUGGCAGAAAGGUGAAAAUCCUACCGCCACCUCCGACAGAUAUGUGUUAUGCAAACGCAACUUCUGUAUCAGAUCUAGCGCUUUUACCACACUCUGGCGUAGGAGCGCACAAUAUUUCUGUCAUGUCGAGCAGUUCGUCCAAUACGGUGGCAACGUCUUCGUCGGUAACUGUAGGAGAUGACCAAAUUUUGGACCCCUAUGCAUUCGGCUUUUACUUGUAUGACAUUUCUUACGAAUGGUACGCUGUUAUAGGAACGGUUAUCAGUUUCUUUGGAACGGUGCUCCUCAGUAUUCCGGGCAAGGCAUCAACUCUUUCUAAAGUCAAUUCUAAAUUGAUCUUUCCGAUCUCUCGAAGGUAUUGGUCUCUACCCGAGCCCCAUCACACACCUGCAGACGAGAGUAACAUAGACGCCAUUGAAAAUUUGAAAUUAUCCAACUUGAAGAUCAACAGCUUCAAGGACACAGAAUUCUCAUUGGAAGUGAAUCAGAAAAAAGAAGUUGAAGAUAAUAAGGAAACAGAAUCUGAGAAGCUUUUGUCUAAUCAAGAUAACGGGCCCAACAGUAAAUAA